GUAUGAAAAUGAUGUAGAUGUUAGAGACGAGGCUGCGGAAAAAGAAGCGAAAUUUUCACAAGAAAAUUCAGACAAAACUGAAAAUGAAAGCUUCUCUCGCCAGAGACCAGUUAUUUCAUCAUCAAAUGACGAAACAGAAAAAGAGACAGUGGUCCCAAAAAAUAGGUAUACUAACACUCAACGAUUCAGAAGUACCACUUUAAGAACAGAUGAAUCAACAGCUUUCACCGAGAGCAUUAAACCCAGUGAAAAAACUACAACGGAGAUUGUAAACCCGACAACUCCGGCAAUUAAUCAAGAAGGAAUAGAACUAAUUUCAGAAACAUUAGCUUUUUCCACGUUACCUGUCUCUACAAUUGAGUUUUCAUCGACACCAGUUGCUGAGACAAGCAAACAACCAUCAACAGCUACAGAAGUAAUAUCAGGAUCAAAAGCAACAAUCAGCACCACUCAUUUGCCUCUUGCAGAAUCAACAGUUGAAGAGGUGGAAAAUUUGGUCACUGAAAUUCCAAUCACAACUCAGCCGACAACCAGAGCCACUCAACCAUCCCGCACAACGGCUGUGUCACAACCACGACCCUUCGGCUUCCCAAGACGCGGACGGCCGACGACUACUACAGCAUCACCGACGGUCGCUUCAUCGACAGACCAAUCUAGAGUUAAGGUGAGUACUAGACCGACGAGAAACUUUGCGAGAACAAGAACAAGGUCGAGACCAAACGAGUUGACCAUCGAAAAUCAAAAUCAUCUUGAUGCCGAAGUUUCUGAUGAUAAUGUGAGUGAAAAUGUCAAGCCCAAACCGGUGAGCAGCAGUAGAUCGAGAUUCGUAAUACGGCGAGGAGGCUCUCGAUUUUCUACCCAGCCGCCAAAUGUCUCCGAAUCGCCAAGUUCUAACGAAUUUUCGGCGCGAAGACGAACCAGGCCCACUACGACUACGACUACGACUCCAGCAGUUUCUGAAUCGACGCCCGCUGAGAGCAGACCAACUAGUCAGCGCAGACGAGGAAGACCUACCACUCCCAUUCCUGAUUCUACUACUCAGAGCAAUAAUAACCGAAGACGACGACCGACUACUCCAGUCACAGACAGUCCAAUCUUUAGAAUAGUGCCCCAGAGUGUCCAAGAGCCAGUUUUAAAUUACUCCAGGUUGGGAUCAAACACCAAUGAAGGCUCUGAAAAAAUAACAAAUCUUAAAAUCUUGAAACUUGCCGACUAUCAAAACGACUCUCUGAAUGCCAUUGAAUUUACUACGCCUGAAAAUGAAACUUCAAAACAGGAUCUCGACUCAGCAACCGAAUCGACGACAUUAAUAACUUCUCCCGACCCUUUCACUAAGUACACGACCGCAGACUAUUCAACUCAGACAACGGUAGAUGCCGAGGAAAGUGAAGGUGAACAGAAACAAACAAAGAAAAAGGUGCUGCUGAGAAAGCGACCGGUUUCGGACGGUAAUUCCUCUGAAGAUAUUCUCAAACGACGGCGCAAAAUAAUAAGGCGCUUAGGACCUGUUUCUGAGGAAGAAAAUCUGACAACCACUUCUGGGAGCUACGUUGAAAACAACGAAGUUAUUACAACUACAGAGUCUUUUACUUUGAAUGAUCAAGAGAAUUCAACGGUUGAAGCUACUACAGUCGCUAUGGAUACACAGUACACUACAACAGAUAUGGAAACCACGACUGUUAUUUCUUCUGAAGAAAACACCACAUUGAUCAGCAAUGAAAUUGAUGCGGAAACAACUACCGUCAGUUCUAUGACAACUGAUGAUUAUUCGGAAAUUACGACGGUAGUUACUACAACAGUCGCGCCUUCUACAACUGAAAAAGCAAACACUAGAUUUGUAAGAAGAAAAUUCGUUCGCAAGCGACCUGUAGAUUAUUCCGCACCAUCUACUACGCCAAUUAGACGAUUUGGUUUUCCUAAAAGUACAACAGAAGUGCCUACUUCUAGCUUCGCUCCCUCGAAACGUCGGAAGAAUUUGUUUGUUCGCAGACGACCCCUUCCCUCAUCGACAUCCUCUAGUACUGAGUCGUUUGAAAACGACGAAGAUAACAAAUUCAACACAGUGACAGACGUUAAGACUUCUUCGAUCAGUCCGGCUCAAGAUCUUCCAACUCUCAAGAAUUUAAUCAAUCAUGAAUUACUAAGUCAAAGCGUUGAUCAUGUUUAUGAUGGUGAUGAUGAUGUUGAUGAAGAAAUAGUUAAUUCUGAUAGUUAUGAGACAGAUAGUGAUCAUUUUCAGGGCAUUCCAGUUUCUGUCAGAAUACUCAGUGACGAAAAUAGUCAGGAACUUGCUGAUCAACUAGCUGUCCUUCAUCUCCCGCAGAGUAUUUUAAAUUCUUUGGUUUCCCACAGUAAUAUCCUGAGAAUUCAAGUGGUCAAUCAGCCGCAAGAAGACGAAAAUAAUGAUAUUGACAAGGACAAUCUUACAACUACAACUAGUUUUACAGAUUCAACUUUGACCACUGAAACGCCAACUACAAUCCAAGAAAAUCCUUCGAGUGUACGAGGGUUCUUCAUCACCAAAAGUCUCAAUACAUCUCAAUCAACUACGCCAUCAAGUGACUCUUCAGAGCCAUCAACUGUUCUAUCAAGCACCCAGUCGACUGAUUCACCAGAAUCGACGACUGAUUCUUCAAACUUAUCAACUCAAUCUACCAUUUCUGUAGAACUUUCUCUGUCUACUUCAUCCACUAGUGAUUUUAGUGAAACAACUUCAGAAAUAGAAGUUAAUUCUUCGACAAUUAGUCCUGUAGAUGCAACAGUUAAUAACACAACCUCGGAAAUAGUUAGUACAACAGUAGCAAUUAACGAAGUAACAACUCUACCUCCGACCACUGAGCACACGACGAUUUCUUCUGAAACUGAAAGAGCUCUGAAAUCAAUAAAACAGAUAACAGUUCGUCGCCGUCGAGUGGAUGAAUCAAUAGCUGAUCCUUCUAGGCAAGAUCGUCAGUUUGAUUCUCAAGAAAGUAAAAUCACAGCAGCGCCAGAUGCGUCGCAGAACAACUGGAAGAAAAGGGUGAUCCGAAAACGGCCUAGGUCUUUGCUGGUCGAGGACCAGAGUCUCUCGGAAAGCCAAUUUCAGGACACUGUGGUCACGGGCAAGUCGGUGGUCCCUCCGACAAAUACUGAUGACAAGCUCAAUAAGACUGGGAAGUUACUCACCGUUGGAGAGGCCAAUCCGGUGCGCAGUUCAAGUAACUUUUUAAGGAAGCCUGGAACGCGGCUAGAAGUUCAAAACCGGCUUAAAAAUUCCAGAAAUAAAACUCAAGAUGGAACAAACUCGGAAAGAAGAUAUUCCAGUAAAGUCAAGUCAGAUUACGACCAAAGUAGUCGUGCGCAAGAGCUUGAAGUAUUGGUAGCAGACCCACCGACAGAAACUUCUUCACCUCGACUAGGUAAUGAAAAAAUAGCUUCGAGGUUGAGAGAUGUGAGAGAUAGCGUCGACGAAGACGCUACUGAGCCGUCAAUAUUCACCACGGCCAGAACUACUACGCCAGCUAGGCGGAGACAAAAGCCCAAGAGUGAAAGACCCGUAAAGACGACGACACAGCGGCCGAGACAUCCGGCGAUCAUUGACUACGACUACUACGUCGACGAGGAAGUCCGUCUGUCAAUAGGUCCCGAGCUCCGGGACAAAAUUUACGUGACAGCCCGCGGGACUAUUGGUUGUCUAGACCAAGGAACUUUCGCACAUCCCACAUCGUGCAAAAAAUUCAUCACCUGUGCCAAGAUGGUUGGUGGCCAGGUCAUCGCUACGGAGUACACCUGCCCGAAGAAACUGUCUUUUGAUCCGGUCGGUGGCAUUUGCAACUGGUCCGCUGGUCUUGGUUGCAACGAAUCUACAUAAUUUUUUUUCAUUUAUUACUUAUGAUAAUAAUUUUUAUAAUAAAGUAAUUACUUACGAUAUAGAUAAAA